GAUAAAGCAACGGCAACACUUGGCGGGUUUUCAUCAAGCUCUUCCAUGGCGUUCCUCCAUCACCACCUCCCAUUCCACCUCCAUCUCACCACACUCACUCCGCCCACCAGGACAAGCCCUAGAUUGCUCCGCACUCUCGCUUGCGCUUCUCCAGACGGACUCCAUGGAUCCCGUUCUCCCUCCCAAUCGGUUCUCGAUUCCUUCUGGCAAUGGGCCACUGACAAGGGCGCUGUCUCUUCCUCCUUGAAACCUGGCUUCUUCGUCCCGGAAGGGCUAGGGCUUCUCGCCCAGAGAAACAUCUCCGGCAAUGAGGUAGUGCUUGAGGUCCCCAAAUCCCUCUGGAUUACCUCCGAACUCGUCGCUGCCUCUGAUCUUGGCCGCCUCUGCACCGGUUUCAAGCCUUGGGUCUCUAUCUCCCUCUUCCUUCUCUGCGAGAGAUCCAAGGGUGAUGCUUCCCCAUGGCGGCCCUACAUCGAUAUCCUCCCCCAAUCCACCGAUUCCACCAUCUUCUGGUCGGAGGAAGAGCUUGCCGAGAUUCAAGGAACCCAAUUGCUGAGCACAACAUUGGGUGUCAAAGAAUAUGUACAAAGUGAAUUUCUCAAAGUUGAAAAUGAAGUGAUUCUUCCUAACAAGAACAUUUUUCCUUCGACCAUCACAUUUGAUGAUUUCUUAUGGGCAUUUGGAAUGCUCAGAUCAAGAGCAUUUUCACGCCUUCGUGGUGAAAAUCUUGUCCUCAUCCCACUUGCAGACCUUAUUAAUCACAAUUAUAGAAUAAAAUCAGAAGAUGAUUCAUGGGAGAUCAAAGCAAAGGGCAUUUUCUCCAGAGAACUCAUAUUCUCCCUGCGGACACCAGUUCCUGUCAAUAUGGGUGAGCAGGUAUACAUACAAUAUGAUUUGAAAAAGAGUGAUGCUGAAUUGGCAAUGGACUAUGGCUUCAUUGAAUCAACCUCAGAUCGGCAGAUAUAUACUAUGACACUGGAGAUUGCUGAAUCAGACCCAUUUUAUGGAGACAAGCUUGAUAUUGCGGAGUCCAAUGGUUUUGGUGAAUCUGCGUACUUUGACAUUGUCUUGGGAUGUCCACUUCCUCCAUCUAUGCUCCCAUAUUUACGGUUGGUAGCUCUGGAGGGUACAGAUGCUUUUUUAUUGGAAUCGAUAUUCAGAGAUUCAAUCUGGAGGCACCUUGAGUUGCCUGUUAGCCGUUCCAAUGAAGAGAUGAUAUGCAAGGUGGUUAGAGAUGCCUGCAGAUCUGCCCUUUCUCUCUAUCAAACGACCAUAGAAGAGGAUGAAGAACUUCUAGAAAGGGGACAACUAGAUCCAAGACUAAAGAUUGCUGUUGCCAUUAGAGCUGGAGAGAAGAAAGUACUUCAGCAAAUUGACAGCAUAUUUAAUGAGAGGGAGCAGGAGUUGAAUGGGCUGGAAUACUACCAAGAGAGGCGGCUUAAAGAUUUGGGAUUGAUUGGAGAAGAGGGGGAAAUCAUUUUCUGGGAAUCCAAGUAGAUGCUGCUUUAUGUUUAUUCCAUGAUCUGGUCAUAAAGUUUAAAAAGCACAUCGGACCGCAUCUACAAGCUGAAGCCACAAAGCUGGUAUUUGUACUCGAUGUGGAUCAUAUUCAGUUUGACAUGGUUUGGAUUUCCAGAUUGCAAAUUGGGACUUGUUUGUUGAAUUCAAUGUUUUAGCCAAUUUGCUGGACAGCUGAUGUGUCUUAAUGGGAUUCGCCAGGCAGUACUGCAAUUAUGCAUGUAUGAUUUGCUUUUCCUAUUUCAGUUUUCCAGCUUCAUCAAACCAUUAAUGUGAGUUCAUUUUGGUAAAAGUAUUCACUGUUAUAUAGUUAA